CCCUUCUCACGCCCCCGCAGUCUCCGCCUUCGGCCGACCUCGGGCCAACAUGGUCCAACCCCAGACAUCAAAAGCUGAAACCCCAGCCCCCGCGGCUUCUGCCAGUGCCCAAAUGGAUGACGUGAUCGACACCCUGACCUCCCUGCGCCUCACCAACUCGGCGCUGAGGCGGGAGGCCUCCACGCUGCGGGCGGAGAAGGCCAACCUCACCAACAUGCUGGAGAGCGUGAUGGCCGAGCUGACCCUGCUGCGCACCAGGGCUCGGAUUCCGGGGGCGCUGCAGAUCACCCCGCCCAUCUCGGCCAUUACCUCCAGUGGGACCCGACCGAUGACCACGCCUCCGACCUCUCUGCCCGAACCGUUUUCCGGGGACCCGGGCCAGCUGGCGGGGUUCUUGAUGCAGAUGGACAGGUUCAUGAUCUUCCAGGCCUCCCGCUUCCCCGGGGAGGCCGAGCGAGUGGCGUUCCUUGUGUCCCGGCUGACUGGGGAGGCGGAGAAGUGGGCCAUCCCGCACAUGCAACCCGACAGCCCGUUGCGCAACAACUACCAGGGGUUCCUGGCAGAGUUGCGGCGAACCUACAAGUCCCCGCUCAGGCACGCACGGCGCGCCCAGAUCAGGAAGACUUCCGCCUCGAAUCGGGCUGUGCGGGAGCGGCAGAUGCUGUGCCGUCAGCUGGCCGCCGCGGGCACCGGGCCCUGCCCUGUGCACCCAGCCUCCAACGGGACCAGUCCGGCUCCGGCCCUGCCCACCCGGGCACGGAACCUUUGAGAAUCGGCCGCCACCCUGGUCGCCUCUGCAGCCACCCAGGUAGCAUCCACCCGCUGCUGCGUAGAGGAAAAGUUGGAACGACAGCAUAGCAUCGCCCUCGUUUGAGGACGUCGCUUCCUGCUCCUCCAGACCUGUUCCAUGAAGGAGGAGAUCUUCCUUCAUGGCUCUUGGGCGCUCUGUCAUCCACCUUGCUUGCUAGUGUCACGUGCUAGCUUUGUACCUGCACCUCAGCGCAUGUCUCCCCUCUCUUGCCUGCAACCCCAGCUCUUCUCGUGACCACAGCUCUGCUGCGCGGUCGCAGCGACUCCACAGCACCCUGCGGACUGUUUGGGCUGACCCCUCCCAGCCUGACCAGGUUCAUGGAGACCCCUACUCCACCCACCCUCUGCAGGCCCCCACCGCGGCUCCCCGCCUGCUGCCCUGUUCUCACUCGUGACAGAAAGGAGCCACUUUGGCCAGGCUGGUGGCUUAUGUGGGUACCUGGAGAGGGGUCUGGCUUCCUGCCCAUAGGUGAUCACCAGCCCUGCCAGGGCCCAGUGUGGCAGGCAGGGGCCUCGUCCCUGCUGUCCGUGGCCAAGUGACCACUGUUGGGAGAAUAGUUCCAGCAUUCGAGGGGCAGGCUUUGCUCUGCACAU